UAAUUUCUCUCAGUUUUAUGUUUAAAAUGAUAAUUCCAUGUCUACAUUUGAGAAAGGGGACCCUCGUGGAUCCUAGCAACGGAGAGAAUGUGCAAGGUUUAUCUACGUGCCUUGAUAUAAUUUCGCUGUGCCCAGAAUUUGCCAUCGUGUACCUAGAUAAACUGAAGGAGACCAAAGAGUUUGGAAAGAAACUUGUACACGCUACUUCCUGUUGCGGUGUUGAAUAUGAAGCGGACAGUGCAGAGGAGGUGUUGGAUUUACUGGACGGCGGUGCAAAUCAUGUGAUCCUCAGCAAAGAACAUCUGGAUGUCUCUGGUCAGUUUAUACCUAAAGAAAGAAUUAUAUGUAAAUUAACAGGCUCAGAAACAUCCAUUGGAGAAUUAGGCAAGGACAUCAAUAACUUGAAAGAAAGAACUUCAAGUUUUCUCUUGUCUUAUGAGCGAGAUUCUCAAGUUGAUGAACCAUUGCUGGUUGGGUUUGCAAAAGAAUUGAAGAGCUCUCUGUGUGAUGAUGUGAGACUUAUCCUCUCUGUUGAUGACAUGAUUUCAUACUCCACCAUCUCACAGCUUCACUCUCUUGGCGUGCAAGUACGGAUGAACGCUACUUGGCUGUUAAAUGAGCUCAGUCUUGGACAGAUCAUUUCAUCUUGCCUGAAAAGUGACCGUCCUGAUGGACUCAUCCCUACUCUAGUGACAGAUGAGCACAAUGUGGCCCUUGGGUUGUGUUACUCCAGUGCUGAAAGCAUUCAAGAAGCAGUAAAAACCAAGAAGGGUGUUUAUUGGUCAAGAACAAGAGGAUUGUGGAGGAAGGGGGAGACGUCUGGUAAUGAACAGGAUUUGUUAAGAGUUUAUUCAGACUGUGACUCUGAUACUCUGAAGUUUGUUGUGCGUCAGCAAGGGUUGGGUUUUUGCCAUCUUGACACCUGGUCCUGUUUUGGAGCCAACAGUGGAUUGCCAUUACUGAUGAACACAUUGAAGUCACGCAAGCAGUCUGCACCUCCAGGAUCCUACACAGAUCGUCUUUACAAUGACAGCAAACUACUGCAUGCUAAGAUUCGUGAAGAGGCAGAGGAACUGUGUGAAGCAGAAAGCAAAGAGGAGAUUGCUUGGGAAGCAGCUGAUGUUUUGUAUUUUACAUUUGUGAAAUGUGCAAAAGCAGGAGUGUCGUUACGUGAUAUUGAAAAGGUUCUUGAUCAGAGGUCACUCAAGGUGAGACGACGCCCAGGCAAUGCAAAACCUGACAAACUACCAUCCAUUAAUGGCCAUCCAGUUACCAUAGCAACAGGACAUGCCCCUCAACAGAGUAAUCCAUCUGCAGUCAGCACAUGCAACUCCAUUUUGAAAAGCUUUGAUUAUCAGCUCCUUGGUGAAAAAGAACUGCAAGAUCUCUGUAAGCGCCCUGCUGUAGUGGAAACAGCAAAGCUGGAGGCUAUUGUUAGACCCAUCAUGGUCAAUGUACGUACCAGUGGUGACAAGGCUUUGCUAACGUUAACAGAAAAGUUUGAUAAAGCAAAACUGUCCUGCCCUGUGAUUGAUAUGACUGCAACAGGUGAGCCUCAUCUGGACCAGGAGAUUAAAGAUGCAAUUGAUUUGGCUUACGACAAUAUUUACAAGUUUCACAAGGCACAGCUUAACCUGGAACCCCUUGUGGUCGAAACAUGCAAGGGUGUAGUGUGCUCUCGGCAUGUCAGACCCAUUGCAAAGGUUGGACUCUAUGUACCUGGUGGAAGUGCUGUGUUGCCGUCAACAGCUCUUAUGCUUGGUAUUCCAGCUCAGGUUGCAGGAUGUGAGGAAGUUAUUUUGGCCACACCUCCAAAACAAGAUGGAUCUGUCUCCCUUGAGAUUCUUUACAUUGCAAAGAAAGUUGGAGUUUCAAAAAUAUUACUUGCAGGUGGAGCCCAGGCAAUAGCUGCAAUGGCUUACGGAACAGAAACUGUACCCAAAGUAGACAAGCUGUGUGGACCAGGAAAUUCAUUUGUGACCAUGGCUAAAAUGUUGGUACAAAACGACAGCUCAGCAAGUGUCAGCAUUGACAUGCCAGCAGGACCUUCAGAAGUUAUGGUCAUAGCUGAUCAAAGCGCAGAUCCUUCGUUUGUGGCAGCUGAUCUUUUAUCACAAGCAGAGCAUGGAACAGACAGCCAAGUGGUUUUAGUGGCUAUUAAUUUGACUGACAAACAACUUGAUGUUAUACAGAGUCAACUGGAUGCCCAAGCAAAGAAACUACCUCGUGAAAAGAUCGUCAGAGAAUCCCUUUCAAAGAGCUUUGUGAUAAAAGUAUCAUCUAUGAGUCAGGCACUGUACUUUAGUAACAAGUAUGCUCCAGAACAUCUCAUCAUCAACACUCAGAAUGCUGAAGAUUGUUUGAAAGAUAUACAGAAUGCAGGGUCUGUUUUCCUUGGUCCGUAUUCUUCAGAGAGCUGUGGAGACUAUGCUAGUGGCACAAACCACACCCUGCCAACCUAUGGCUAUGCACGCAUGUACAGUGGUGUAUCAACAGCAUCAUUCCAGAAACAUAUCACUGCACAGUGUGUGUCCAAGGAAGGUCUGGAUAAUAUAGGACCAGCAGUGGCAACGCUUGCAGCUGUUGAGAAACUGGAUGCUCAUCGUAAUGCAAUAUUGAUAAGACAGGGACCAAUGAACUGACAAAAUACACAGAUUGUGGAUGGAUGAAGCAUGAACUCUUAGUCUCAAAGACAAAACAAGAUUGUAUUAAUUUUUAUAAACAUAUUAAUUUUAAUGUAAUAGAACAUCUGACAUGCUCCUGGUUGUCUGUUGCAAGACUUGGCAAUUGUGAAGAACAGCUUCCCCCAAAAAAAAUUUUAAAAAGUUAUAAUGGGAAAGACAGAAGUCAAGUUUAUGUGUUUAGGUUACCAAUGUUAGUCCUAUAAGGAAAAGUGAGAGCAGAGAAGCCCCACAUCCUU